CUGGCUGGCCUUCCUUUAGAGCUCGCUGUACUUCCGCCCUGCCUCGCGGAUUAUCUUUGGCGUUUUUGUCUAGACUUAAUACUUUAGGGUACAAAUUGGGAGAGCGCACACUGCACAACCUUCAAGAUGCUGGCUACAAUGCGCAAACAACUCAGAAACCACCCAGCUUUGAUUCCACUCUUUUUCUUCAUUGGCGGCGGCUCGGCCAUGUCCUUGAUGUAUCUUGCUCGUCUGGCCCUGAGGAACCCAGAUGUCUGCUGGGAUCGCAAGAAUAACCCCGAGCCCUGGAACAAGAUGGCCCCCACUGAUCAGUACAAGUUCUUUGCCGUGAACAUGGACUACAGCAAACUGAAGAAGGAAGGCCCUGACUUCUAAACCUGUCUCAUCCGCCGGACCCAAAGCACACUGAUUGGCUGAUCGCUUUGGACUUCUUCUGGGAUUCUGUGGGCCGCAGAGGCGAAACUCCGCACAAUGUUUCACACAUAUUUAAGUUUGCUCAUUGCAUCCCCUCUUUAAAACCUUUUCUUUGUCCUCUUCCGUUUUUGGAUGGCUGUCAAUAAAGUGAAAGGAGUCUUUUCUCCUGUUUACAGAGAAAAGAACCAGUUUGUUUUAUUGUCCUCAUCCAGCCUGCUUCACUUUUUAUUUGCUUUGCCACGCUGAACCUUUUUACCUCAUUUCACCUUCAUCCUGCUCACCUUUGUGCCACUGGAGGGUUGGCGGCGUUCCGGAAACUUGUGGACACUUUCUGUCCCGGUCGCAGCCGCACGCAGGGCGCCCCCUGGUGGCCCUGCAGUGACAUCACCAAACAGCCGGCAAACAUUGAGCUGUUUUUGAAAAGCAACACUUCAGCGAGGAAAGAGGAAACCGGUGGAGCGUUUCGUCUUUUAGAAUAUCAGCGCGCACAGUCUGAUGAGUUUGUAAAUGUCAACAUGUCGCCGCGUUGGAGGCGGCAGGGAAGCGGCAAGGAUGAGCAGCCAACGCCGUGCACAAAAUGUCAAGAAGACCUUUUCUGUUUGAACAGAAGCCCUCGUCUGAAUAGCACACACCCACCUUCUUCACGUCUGCACCUCCGCAUGCCGCUUUUUCAUUUCCAUUUAGGAACGCCGUGUGCACAAUUUGCCAACCCUCCUCGACUAAAAUAAGUGCUAUUUAAUGACGGCUGCGAGUCGCAAAAAGUCAUUAGUCAGUUCGUCUGAAGUUCACUUUCGAACUUCUUACUGUUUACAUCAGGGGUGUCCAAAGUGUGGCCCGCAGCUAAUUUUUUACCGGCCUUUGACACAUUUUAAUAAAAACAAAAAACAAAUAAAAGACCAUAUUGCUGAAAUGUAAUGAGAAAAAGUUACGAUAACACAAAGCUGCUAUGCAGGCUGUUAUUUUCUUUAAAACUGUCAUUGCUCAAAAAUAAUAAAUUAAAAUCAAUGUUUUUAUAAAUUCUUGACCCAUUUAAAGCUGUAAUUACUUCAGAUGAAAAAUCAAUUUUGAAAUCUUUUCUGAGGGGAAAAUUUGCAUAUUUUGUGUUUGCCAUAUAAAAAAGUUUUCUUAAAAAAAAGAAAAAAAAAAGACAUAAACCAAACUAGUGACAAAUAAAAAGUGACAGAUAUAUCUGUGGUUGAUCUAGAAAUUUAAGUGUUGAAAGUUUAAAACACAUAAAUGAGUGGAGCCCUUUUGAAUCACUGAUCAUUUUAGUGUGUUUUUUUCUUUUUUUUAAGCAGUCAUUGCUUAAAACAUAAUAGAUUGAAAUCAAUGGUGUUCUGAGUUAUUGACCUAUUUUAAUGAUCCAAGUGCUUCACAUCAAAUAUUGUACUUUCAAAUAUUUUGUAGGAAAAUACAGAAAACAGAAUUUUCCUUGACAAAAUGGGCAUCAAACAUUUUUUGUUUGUACUUCAUAACAUCAGACCUGAAUUUUAUCAUUCUAGAUAUUUUAUAUAAAAAAAUAUAUUUAUGGGACUUAUUUUUAACUUUUUACAAGCAAGACCUUUUUGGGUCCCAAUGACCAAACUUAAGGGGAGCCCGAAAGGUUAAAAAUAAUCCAUAUUUUGUAAUGGUUUUGAAAAUGAAAACUAGCAAAAAGGCCCCCACAUGCUCAAAUUUUUUUUUGUGCGGACCUCAGUGGAAAAAGUUUGGACCCCCUGAAUUACAUUUUGGGUGCCUUUUGUAUAUGCCUCAAUGCUGGAAAACAAGAAACCUAUUUACUACAGUAUCUUGUUAAAUGAACUUUUCUUUAGAUCAGUGUGUUUGGUGCAAUAAUAAAAAGUCCUUUCAAAUUGA